AUGUCUGAUUCUGAACGAGACGGUCCCUCUGAGGCGGCCAUUGCUAGCAAAUUGCGCGACACUGUCAUAGCGAUACAUAAAUCCGGAAAAGAUGACGACCUUACUGUCAAGCGCGUUCGUGCGCGCGCCGAAAAGGAGCUAGGCCUGGAAGAGGGCUUCUUCAAGACGAACUCGACAUGGAAGCAGAAAUCCCAGGAGCUAAUUGUAGAUGCUGUGCCGACGCCUAAGAAACAAGUACCCACACCGCGAGCGAAGCCUGCAGAGAAAAAGACCAAAGCAGCAUCCGAAACUACGCGUGGCGUAAAGCGCAAGGCAGCUGCGCCAGCGAAGAAGGCAAAGAAGCGCGCAAAGACCGAGUCCGAAGAGUCCGAAGCCCAUCUCUCAGAGCCACCUGCCGAAAUCUCCGAUGCCGAGAAGGAGGAGAGCAAACAACCAGAGGCAAAGGAAGAAAUUUCAGAUAGCGAUCUCUCAAGCGUCAUAGACGAGGCACCUGCUAAGAAGAAAAAGGCUGCUGCUGCAAAGGGCAAGAAAGAAAAGGCGCCUGCCAAACCAAAAGCUGCGCCCAAGGCCAAAGCCGAAGACGACCCAGACACUGUCGAAGUCAAACGGCUUCAGGGCUGGCUGGUCAAAUGCGGUAUCCGCAAAGUCUGGGCCCGCGAUCCUGAGCUCUCGAAAUGCGACACCACCAAGGAAAAGAUCCGUGUACUCAAGGGCUGGCUAAAAGACGUUGGCAUGGACGGAAAAUACUCAAAUGAAAAGGCGGCAAAGAUAAAGGAACAAAGGGAGUUUGCGAAAGACCUCGAGGCUAUCAAAGAGGGUGAGCUGGCGUGGGGCAAGACAAACGAGGUCACGGCUACCGGUCGACCUAGUCGCAGGGCAGCCGCUAGACCCGUGCCACAACAAAAGAUUGUACUAGAAGAUGAUAGCGAGGAAGAAGCAGAAAGUGGAGGAGAUGACAACAGUGACGACAACGAUGACGACGACGUCCAAGUCGACUCUGAAGAAGAGGAUGACGGAGACAAGAGUGAUGACUCUGCAGGCGACGAUUCUGAGUAAUAUUCUUCUAGGUGCCUUCACUAUCUAUAUGGGAGGCCCAUGUCUCAAGUACAAACUGGUAGCGCUGUUCUUUGGUAUAGUCAGAUAUUUGAUACCCCUAAAAAAAAAGUAAUCAAGUUCUCAC